UUUUUGAUAUCAAAAUUUGAAAAUAAAUUUUAAGCGCUAUCUUUCUUUUUUGAGUGCACAGAUUCCAUUCAGGUUUAAAAAUCAAUUCUUUUUUAGAUUCUCUCUGUCUCUUUCUCUUCUUCUAUUCUUGCGUUCUCUUUCUCUUUGAUUCAGUACACAAAUGAAAUGCUGGUUCAAAAUAUAUGGAGAUAUCACAAGCGAGGAGGAAGAAGCAAAGCAGCGAUAUAUGGAGAUAUCACAAGCGACGAAGAAGAAGCAAAGAGCUCGCUGCUGAUGGAAGCAGUAACGGUAACUGCUGAUAAUACAAAAAGGAGAGAGAGACAGAGAAAUGCAUAACAAAGCAGAGAAGAUGAAACCAACAGAGUGACAAAAGGAAGCACGACCGAAGAAGGAGAAGAAGGUGACAACGACGGUGAUGGAUUGAGAAAGAAGGAGGCUACGUCGAGAGAGAAAGGAAGAGGAUUGAGGUGACGACGGUGGUGGAGGCCACGACGCAGCGUCACAGCCGCUUCUUUACCGAUGGCGGCGGCGGGUGCUGCAAAUGCGUCGAAGCAGUUCGUUACGACGUCGUUGUACAUUGGGGAUCUGGACCCUGAGGUCGAUGAGAACCUCUACUAUUUGUUCGACCAGGUCGGACAAGUGGUUUCGGUUUGUUUGCCCCCACCCUUUUCUCUAAAUUAUUUUUGUUUUGCUUUGUUUGUUUGAGUUUAUUUUUUCUUUUUCUAUGAUUGUUUGUAUGAACAAAUGGGAUGUCAUUUAGUUAGGGUUUUUGGUGCCAUUGUGGAAUCAUUUCAAACCUUCAAUCUUUGUAAGCUGCAGAUACAGUUUGUUUAGGAAGUUCUCCGGCUAUUGUUGCAGAACAAAAGCGACCCCUUGGAUUUUUAUGCUGAAAGAAGAGAAGAGAAAAUGCUUAGUCCACAGAUGGAGGCAUUUGGUUUAGGCAGUGACUUGAACAUUCGCUGAUUUGUGUGUGAACUUCUUUGGUUGUCGCACCAAAGAUAAAGGUUACUGCCAGGAAUUAUUAACCAAGAAGCGUUCAUUUAAUAGCAAGUCAGGUUCAUUUUUUCCAGGUAGAAAUAUUGAUAUCCUUAAUUGGCAAGGGAGCAAUAAGGACAGCUAGAUAUCUAACGUCUUUAAUGGAUAUCACAGUGGAAUAAAAUCUCGAUUAUCUUGGAGAGUAGAAAAAUCCUUCAUCGUCAGCUUUGUGUCCAGCAAUUAAUAACUGCAUAUCAACAUAUAAGAAUAUCACUCAUGCCAUUCAUUAUGCUUCUCCUUGAUUGCUCGUAAUAUUGACUAGCAGAACAAGGCAUAUAGCAAGAUGUGUCGAUAAGCAUUUUCGUUAAGCUAAGCUCAUCUUCAUGAGUGGAAAUCUGUAUGGAAUGCAAAGAUAAUAUCUUGAUGCCAUCGUUAUUAGAAGUACCAAAAUGAAAUUGAGGACUAGCAAGUAGAUUAUGGAUUGUUACUAUUCUGUGAUGAAAUUUUUUGCUAACAAUUUCGUCUUAGUGAUUCUAUUUUUUGAAAAGCUUUUAAGCUAAUGGGUCAUCAAAAUUUUUCUGUUUGUGUCCGUACACUUUUAAUUUUAAGAGGAUUACUAAGUUACUUAAAGAUCAUAUUAGGAAUUUGGUCCCUCAAAAAUACAUUGACCCGAGCUUAAAAUGAUUUGUGGUAUUUUCACCCUUAAUUGACAAUUUUAAAGUCUUCUUUAGAUUAAUAUUUUGGAUUUUCUUCUUACUUAUAUUGAGUAUGAGACUUUACCUACAUUAAUAUUUUAGAUUACUAAGUUUGUCGAUUUAUUUAUUUAUUUAAAUUUUAUAAUUUUAAAUUCUUUGAUGUAACUAAUAUACAUAUGCUCUGCUUUUAGGUUUGAUCUUCUUGACAUUAUAAAUUCACGGUGAUCCACACACGUUCAUUCCAAGUCUCAAUGUAUAUUGUUAUUAUUGUUUAGUUCCAAUAAGAUUGGUGUUAUUGUGAGUAUAUUAGAAUUGGACAUAAAAGAUUAAGUCUUUCUAUUAUCCUUAACUUGGUGUUGGUGUGUAACUGUGUGAUGGAUUUAGUGGAGAGCUAAAUCAAAUUAUAAUACAUUUCAAAUUUUACUGUCUUUUGUGGGUUUAUUGUUUAUAGUUAAUAUUUAUUUUAUGUAUAAUUAGAAUAUAAACUAUUUUUAUGAAAGUUUUAAUUUGUUUGAAUUUAUAACAGUAACAGAGUAAUAAUAUUUAUUUAAACACAUACAUAAUAACUUUUCUAUUUAAGUAGAAUUCAUCAAUAUAAACUCAAAAAAUAAUUAGAUUAUUUUAGUCUUUAUAAAUAAAUAAUACAAUAAUAUUAUAUUUUAUACAAUAAAUUUUUAUUUCAAAAAUCUUUUUAAAUUAAAAAUAAUAACUAUUAAUAUUAAUAAAUAAGUAACAAUAAAUUUUUAUAUUGAAAUAAUAUUUGGUCUGGACGUAGUCCGGGUUUUACACCAGCUGAAAACAAAAAUUGAAAAGAAUUAUGGUGCCUACUAAUAGACUUUAUCCGGUAAGUCCACGUGACUUUGUUCGUGGCAGGUAAGUGAUGUCUCUCUCUUUCUUAUUGCGGCGGUUUUGACAGUACUCACUGCUCUGAUCGAUGAGUUUAUUUUGUUUCACACUUUAACUUUCCCUUGUCUGGGAAGGAAUCAAGAAUAGUGGUUGAUCGUCUUUCAGAUGCUCAAAGAUUCCUCUGAAGAUCAGGAAUUAAGUAAUAUGAAGGUUAGAAAUUAUGAUACAGCAGAAAGUGUAGCUCAGAGCUUAAGGAAUAGUCAUGAGGAAUCAGCCAAGGUUUCUUCAUUUCCAUUGGAUUUGGGUAGCGGUUUGUGCCCCGUGGAUUCUCUUGAACCAACUUCUAUUAAGGAAGCUGGAAACUUUUUCUUGGUUCAUAAAGUAACCCAGUCCUCACCUUCCCCUGCAAUGUGUUUUGUGGCAAAGGUUCCUCAAGAUGAACAAGAAUCUCAUAUUGUAGCUUUUAGUUCAGAAGAUGGAUCCCGGAAGUUGGAUGACAAGUCAACUUCAUCUAGGACCAUAGGUGUACGGGAUGUACAUAUUUCUAUGCGGUUAAUGGAGGACUUCCUCCAUCUUGCUAAAGAAAAUACAGAAAAGGAUCUGGAAACAUGUGGCAUACUUGGUGCUGUACACGAGAAUGGAACCCUCUAUAUGACUACUCUGAUCAUACCUAAGCAAGAAUCAGCUUCCAAUUCUUGUCAAGCUACAAAUGAGGAGGAAGUUUUCAAAAUUCUAAAUGAAAGAUCUCUUUAUCCUGUGGGAUGGAUCCAUACACAUCCUUCUCAAAGUUGUUUCAUGUCAUCAGUGGAUCUGCACACUCAAUAUUCCUACCAGAUGAUGAUUCCUGAGGCAUUUGCCAUUGUCCUAGCUCCUACUGAUACCUCAAGGAGCUGUGGACUAUUUCGCCUAACUGACCCUGAUGGAAUGAAUAUACUAAAGAAUUGCAUGGACAAAGGAUUCCAUCCACACAAAGACCCUGAUAAUGGCAACCCCUUGUAUGAACAUUGCUCCAAUGUCUACAAGAACUCCAAUCUAAGGUUUGAAAUAUUCGAUUUACGCUAACUCUGAUUUUGAUGUCAGCACACACUGUUCUUUAACAUAGAUGGAGUACCAUUAGUUAAUUACCAUAAGAAUAUCCUAGUAUCUCUUUUUUUUUUAAUUAAAAAAUGUUAUUUAAUACAAGUUGAACCUAUAAUUUCAAACAAAUUACUCAAGUCCUCAACAUUAACCGAAAUCUGAAUGCCUGAGGCUUGUCUUAGUUACACUCGACAUUUUGAUGCUGAUGUAAUAAUGUUGUAAUAAUGUUAGCUUUUUAACAAGGUUCUGAAAACCGAACCGGUCAUCGAACCGUUUUAGUCACUGGUUCAUUAGUUUACAGACUCAGCCGGUUUGACCGUGAUUGAACCGAAAAAAUCGUUUAUAAUAAAAUAAUAAAUAAAAGAUAAAUAAACACACCAAAACUAUAUGAUCUUAUCAAUUUAUAAACUCAGAAGUCUUUUUAAAACACUCUUAAAAUAUAUGUUUUCAAUCACUUUUGUCAUCAUCAUCUUCAACUUUACAUUCAUCACUCAAUUAAAAAAUCCACAACCCUAAUCCUCUAUGAUUUUUUUUUUUGGAAAAAUAAAAUCUCAUUCAAUAAGGAAACCGUAGUUGUAAGUAAUUGAGAAUAUUUGUGAGACUCAGCACCAAGACAUGGAACCAAUAUACAUAUAAAGCAGUACCAAACAAUCUAAUUCUCAAUUCCAUGAAUUAUAAACAAAAAGGUGUCUAAAUUUUCACAGAAUCAAUCAAUUUCAGCAUUAAAAAAAUCAAAAAUUAAAUUUUGCAGUUAAAGAAUGAAGUAAAAAAUAUUAGAAAAGAGAGUGGCUUGAACCACCGUCUUCUGCAUCAGAGAAAUACAAUACCAUCAUCAUCAUCACUCCCAAGACCUCCAAGAACAGUAUCAUCUUCAUGAUUUCCUUGCUUUAAAUCAAUAACAUGGGACAUCUGUUGUUUGUUAAUUUUUUGAAAGCAUCAAUUUGGUUUAAAAUUAAAACACAGCGACAAAUAAUCACCCUAAAGGCUUAAACUCUGAAAUCAAUCAAUAUAUCAACAAAAAUUCAAAAAGCCGCAUACUCAAAUUAAAAAAACAGUAACAAAUUCAUUUUUAGCAAUAAUUUCGACAACACAAAAUCAAUUUCUUUGAUUGAUUUCACAUUCAAAAAAUCACUAAUUAGAUUCGGAACAGACUCAACAGAGUAAAAAUAAUACAAUCCAAUUACAAUAUCAUAGUAAUCCACUACCCAAUAUCUCAACAAAUAACAUCUAAACGAUUAAUCAUGCUUCAACAAUUAAUCAUGCUUCAAGCAAAUAGUUUUUCAACAAUUAAUCAUGCUUCAGCCUUCAAGCAAUAGCUUCAACAAUUAAUCAUGCUUAAAGCAAUCAGCUUCAACAAUUAAUCAUUUAAUAAUACUUCAAAUGGGUGUAUGCGAAUGGUGUAGCUGAAUAAAAUGAUGAAUGUAGAACAAACAAUUAAUCAUACUUCAAGUAAUAACAGCAAGGUUUAUAAGUUAGAACCAAUAAUUAAUUAUACUUCAACAAUUAUUAUUACAACAAAUUAGAUUUAUACCUAGGGUUAGUGGAAAAUAGGGAAAAAUGCAGAUCUGAC